CGUUUGAACAUUGCUCGAAGGAUUCAAAAUUGCAUUCUUUUUCUACAAAAAAAUGUGCAGAGCUCGAAUAAUACGAUUGAAUCAACCAAUGAAUUGGUGGAAAGCGAACAACAUAUAUUGAAUUUCUUGGACUCCAUGGAUACUUAUCUUACCCCAAUUGGAUGGCUGGAUUUAGCCAGCUCCCGACAGUCAAUGGGUGCUUUACGUGUGAGCAGCGUCUUGUUUGACCUCAAAUCUCACCAUGCUUCAACGACAUUGCAACUUUCUCUUCCAAGGCCUUUGCUGAAGGAUUUCUCGUUCGCCACUUAUGAAGAGGCAAUACAAAUACUAAAAUUGCACGAGCUUCAUGCCUUCAUAAAUGAACUGACAUCUAUCAUUCCAGGUGAUCGUAAUAUGGAGUCGCCACAUUUCACGCUGAGCAAAUGGGCAUCCUCCGAUGAUCCUGAGAAGCAUUCUGAAGAAGCCAAAUUUGAGGAGGACGAGUUGUUGCAAAACAAAUCUAAUGAGAGCCCACGAGAACAUAAUCAUGAUACACCUCAAAGCCCCAGUAUGCCUUUGUUUUUCCACAUAAUAUCUAAAUUUUUGCUUUUAAAGUGUUUUCGUCCUGCAAUGGUACAGGACUUUUACCAAGGUUGCUCAAGUGAAGUUGAUCAAAUCUUUGGAAAACGAACUUGGCAGGCUCAAAGAGAAAGAUCCAAAUCCCUCUCUAUGUUCGGAACACUCGUAUCCCCUAAGCUUCGUGCAACUCAACUGUCAUUCGAGACCGGUAUUAUUAGAAUGCUCUUUGUGCUUAUAUUUCAUGCACUGAAUUCAACUGUUCAAUUCAUGCUCUGGGCAUUUUUGGCAGCUCUGGAAAUGCUAAUAGAGAUAGCAAACAUGCGAGCCUCUUUGUUGUGCGCUUACAAACAAGUGUUGCAUGACCAGAAGACGGAAAAAUGA